AUGGCUGCUCAGCUCUCCCAGCAGCUCAGCUCUCCCAGCAGCUCAGCACUCCCAGCAGCUCAGCACUCCCAGCAGGUCAGCACUCCCAGCCGCUCAGCACUCCCAGCAGGUCAGCACUCCCAGCAGCUCACCUCUCGCCAGCGGCUAGCAGCUUCCCAGCAGGUCAGCACUCCCCAGCAGCUCAGCUCUCCCAGCCGCUCAGCAUUCUCCCAGCAGGUCAGCAACUCCAGCAGGUCAGCACUCCCAGCAGCUCAGCACUCCACAGCUCAGCCUCCAGCGCUGCAGGGCAGCUCCCAGCAGGGUCAGCACUCCAGCAGCUCAGACCUCCCAGCAGGUCAGCCUCGCCAGCACGCUCAGCAUCUUCCCAGCAGCUCAGCACUCCCAGCAGGUCCCGCACUGCGCAGCAGCUCAGCACUCCAGCACUCAGCACUCCCAGGCAGGUCAGCACUCCGCAGCAGGUCAGCACUCCCAGCAGCUCAGCACUCCAGCAGUACACUGCAGUCAGCACUCCAGCAGCUCAGGCUAUCCCGCAGCCUCAGCUCUCCAGCAGCUAGCUCUCAGCAAGUCAGCCUCAGCAGCUCAGCUUCCCAGCAGGUCAGCAGCUCCAGCAGCUCAGCACUCCCACGGCUAGGCUGCAGCACUCCCAGCAGCUCAGCACUCCCAGCAGGUCAGCACUCCCAGCAGGUCAGCACUCCCAGCAGCUCAGCACUCCCAGCAGCUCAGCUCUCCCAGCAGCUCAGCUCUCCCAGCAGCUCAGCACUCCCAGCAGCUCAGCUCUCCCAGCAGCUCAGACACAAGUCUCGGUUGAAGCUCUAUCAUGUGUCUUACUGA